AUGUUGUUGUCUUUAUCAACUUUUUCUUACGAGUUGUAUUCUACACGACAUGGUCAGAAUAGUCAAGAAAAAGCCGGAUUUUAUGUCAAAGAGAAGAUACUGACUCUGAUCGACACUUGGCAAGAAGCAUUCGGAGGAGCAAGGGCAAGAUAUCCACAAUAUUUUGUUGCAUACCAAGAGUUGUUGCGUGCUGGGUCCGUAUUCCCUCCGAGAUCUGAGAGGUCUUCACCUGUAUUCACUCCUCCUCAAACAAAGCCGUUGUCUUCUUAUCCCCACAUUCAAAAUUCUGAUAGGCAAGAGAUGACCGAGUCUUCUGAAGAGCCCGAGUUCCCAACACUGAGUUUGACAGAAAUUCAGAAGGCGCGGGGCAUUGUGGAUGUCCUUGCAGAAAUGCUAAAUGCUUUAGUUCCUGGAAACAAGGAGGGUCUAAGGCAGGACGUUAUUGUUGACUUAGUUGACCAGUGCCGUACUUACAAACUAAGAAUUGUACACCUUGUUAAUUCCACAUCGGAUGAGUCACUUCUAUGUCAAGGUUUAGCAUUGAAUGAUGAUUUGCAGCGAGUACUGGCAAAGCAUGAAGAAUUAGCUUCAGGAACUUCUUCUCAAGUAGACAAAACUAAGCAUGAAGCUGCAAGAGAACUUGCAAAUGUCAAUGGUCCCCUACUCAAUACUGGGAAUAGCAGCAAGCAGUCUGAUGGGAGAUCUAUCUCAAACACUGGUGCAAGUAACGGUUCAACUCUUCCAGCAGCAGUUGGCUCCAAGAUUGACCUGCUUAGUGGUGACGACUACAAUUCACUAAAUGCAGAUACACUGGCCCUUGUUCCUUUGGGAGAACCACAACAAACAACUCCUGCAUCACAGCAGAAAGCCCUUGUUCUCAUUGAUAUGUUCUCUGAUGGUAACAACUCUGAUUCUGCUAGAGCCCAAUCUUCAGGUUCGGCUAUACAAACCAAUCAUUUGACUCCUCAAAUUCAGCAGCAGCAGCAGCAACAACAACAACAAAGUUUUCAUGCAAACAUGGGAUCACCUGGAUAUGAGCAGUCAUAUGCUCAAGGCACAGGUCCUUCCUGGAAUGGACAGAUGGUUCAGCAGCAGCAGAAUUUUCAUGCAAAUGGAACUGUAUUAAACAUGGGAUCGCCUCGCUAUGAGCAGACAUGUUCUCAAGGCACAAGUCCUGCCUGGAGUGGCCAGCUGGUUCAGCAGCACCCGCAGAAUAUUCAUGUCAAUGGAACUGUAUCAAACAUGGGAUCACCUCGCUAUGGGCAGACAUGUGAUCAAGGCACAAGUCCUGCCUGGAGUGGCCAGCUGGUUCAGCAGCAGCCGCAUAAUUUUCAUGCAAAUGGAACUGUAUCAAACAUAGGAUCACCUCGAUAUGAGCAGUCCUAUGCUCAAGGCACAACUCCUGCCUGGAAUGGCCAGCUGGUUCAGCAGCAGAAGCCCCUCUCACCUAUCUACGGUUUGUUUCUGUUUAUAAUAGUCUUUUUUCUGCUGAGACUAGCUUACCGUACUUCUGUUACAGAACCUUCUUGUUUUCAGGAAGUCACUUUUAUAAUAACAGCAUGCCACAUUUCACUCUAGGAAACCAUUGAUUUACAUUGUCAUGGUCUCACUCUCUCCAAAUUCAUGUAGAUUAUAUCUAAGUCCGGUUAAUAUUUAUAUUAUUGCUACUAAUAAUACUUUUUGCACGUUGAGAAGGUGCUCA